AAUACAGGAAAAUCAUGGGAGCCACUAUUUUCAUGUGCCUCUCUCUCUCUCUCUCUCUCUCUCUUGGCUUCUCUCUGUCUGCCAUUUCCCUUGGCUUCUGAAGCCUCUCUUUGGUUGGUUUGGCACCCUUUGAGAGUUCAUGGAAGAUGCCCCAGAAUCUGAACCUGAAACUUCUUCAUGGUAAUCACCUCGGUGCCUGCUUUUCAGCUCAUCGCUUCUGGUUUCGCGGCUUUCAUCUCUAAGCACAAUGGUUCUCGCGACACUGCCAAAGAAAAUCAAGAGGCGGAGGUGGAGGCUACAACGCCUUCUCCUUUUGGAUCAAGAAGAUCAAGAGCUGGAUUCUCUGACUCUUUUUCAAGUCAAGACUUGAGGUCAUUACAAUUGGAUGAGGAUUUCAAAAUACAUGAACCCUCUCCAAGAGGAGUUCUUGAGGAUGACUGCCCGAGAAGCUUAGAAUCCGAAACGUCUUCUCCUAAGGCUAGCACUUCAGACUCAGAUGCAAAAAGCAGCACUACUUCGGAAUCAGAUCCAAGAGUAAACCAAAAUUGGCGUGGUUUCUUUCGUAUAUUGAAAAAGGGAUCACAAAAUCCCUUCCCAACCUUCCCUCCUAAAAGUGCCCCAAAGCCGAAACUCACCAGAAGGAAAAGCAAGAGAAUAAGAGAGGACUUCAUUCCACAGCUCAACUCUCCUGCCCUGAGGUCUUCUUUCGAUGCUGACUUUUGCCGCUUCAAAUCUUCCUGGAAGAAUUACUCACUAUUAGAGCUCCAAGCCGCAACCAACAACUUCAGCCAGGAGUAUUUGAUUGGGGAAGGAGGCUAUGCUGAAGUUUACAAGGGGACAUUGGAAGAUGGGCAGAUUGUUGCGAUUAAACGCCUGACGAGGGGUAGUCAAGAAGAAAUGACUGCAGACUUCUUAUCUGAGCUUGGAGUUAUAGUUCAUGUUGACCAUCCCAACAUCGCAAAAUUGAUUGGUUAUGGGGUUGAAGGAGGGAUGCAUCUUGUUCUUCAUUUGUCUCCCCAUGGGAGCCUAGCAUCCAUACUUUAUGGACCUAGAGAGAAUCUGGAUUGGGGCAUCAGAUAUAAAGUUUCUUUAGGGACUGCUAAGGGCCUUCUGUAUCUUCAUGAGGGGUGCCAGAGGAGAAUUAUCCACAAAGAUAUUAAGGCUUCCAAUAUAUUGCUGGCAGAGGAUUUUGAGCCUCAGAUAUCAGAUUUUGGGCUUGCAAAGUGGCUACCAGAUCAUUGGACUCACCAUAUCGUAUCGAAAUUUGAAGGCACAUUUGGCUACCUUCCUCCUGAGUUUUUCAUGCAUGGCAUAGUAGAUGAAAAAACUGAUGUCUAUGCUUAUGGGGUGCUACUAUUAGAGCUCAUCACCGGCAGGCAAGCGUUGGAUAGCUCACAUAAAAGCCUUGUUAUGUGGGCCAAACCUUUACUCUCUACGAAUAAUAUCAAAGAGCUAGCCGAUCCAUGCCUUGGCGAUGCCUAUGAUUUGCAACAGAUGAAGUGUCUCGCCUUGACUGCUUCGAUAUGCGUACAUCAGUCUUCAAUGAAUCGACCACAAAUGAACCAGAUUGUCCAGAUUUUAGAAGGUGAUGAAAGCAUUUUGGAGUAUGUUACAAAACGUCAAAAGUCUAAGCUUCAAAGGACGUAUUCGGAGGAGCUCUUCGAUGCAGAUGAGUACAACUCAACCAAGUAUUUAAGUGAUAGGGAUAAACAACUGGAGUUUGUCUUAGAGCCCUCUAAUGAGUUCUAAAUUUUCGGUGGUGGGGGGUAGUUGAUACUGUUUCUUACGGGUGGAUUCGUAUUGAGUUGAAAUCCAGCCACGGACACAAAAUGCAGAAACCAGACGGUUUUCGGAAGCAGGAAAAAGAUCAGCAUGCAAGAGAAGGUAGAGAAGAGGGAGUGAGAACAUUGUUGAGAGAUGUUGUAUAUGCUUUGUUAAUUACUUAGAAUUUGUACCAUGAAUGUGACAUAUGCUGUCAAGCUUAGGGUAUGCGUUUAGAGCGUGAGCCAUGUACAGCUGCUGGAAGCUUAAGGUUGAAGAUGAAUAUGCUUUCUGCUGCAAUUUCUCAUUUUCAUUUACCAGAAGUCAAAUAGGUUAUUUUUCUCA